AUGAAGGUAACAUUCUCCAUCCGAGAAAAUGAGGAGACUGUUCCAACAGACUUGAGAGACCCACCAGUGGUGCUGUAUGGACCCCACCAUCAGUGGAAGGGGCUCCUCGACACUCACCCGGUGGAUCUUUUGGUGAUCGAGAAAGGCCACUACACACGACCAAGUGGCGGCCCCAAGCAAGAACCAUGGGAGGACAUGGUGGAUUCUGUGCCUCCCAAACACAGACCAAAGGUUAUCAUUGAAUCCUGGCGCUCCGACCCAACUUUGUGGCAAUACGGACCAACGAGCAAACCUACAACUACUAGAUGGAGAGAAGCGGGCUGCAAUAUCAAUUGUUGCACUAUCAAGGCAACAUCAAUAGGAGGUGCUAUCACCCAAGAACGGCUACUGGUGGUUCGAACAAGAAUUGAUUGUCAAGCACAAUGGACAUGGGACAGUUUAGAUCGAGAUAUGUCAGUGAUCCGACCUAUGGGAAAUCUUCUCACUCCGCCGGGAUUGAUACCGCGCAAGUCAUACUCCCAAUCUGGCAGUACACACACCCCCCACUCCCUCCACGACCCCAUGCCUAACCAAAUAGGAGCAUGGAUCCAAACUGAGAAGGGAGUUCCGCGACUCCUGAAGGAAGAAGUUGCACGGGGACUGGGCAUCCCCAAAGGCUACGAAGCUGAAGUGUCACACAAGAGCCUCCAACGAACUUCGCCACUUUUCCACUGGGAGUACAUUUCCUUCUCACUACAACAUUUGUUCAACCACCCGACUGCUACGCCCACCAGAACAACACAGGGACCAAAGACUGGGAACAACUUGUCCCGGGCAACCACCCCGCUCAACAACAAUGUGUUUGAUUGGCAUCCCCCAGACCUUUCUCUUCCCGUCUGA